CCCAAUUACUGUACACCAAAACGAAGUAACUGUCGUGGUCAACAAAUCUGCCUCCCAACUUUCAAGGUAAUCACUUUCUCAAUUACAAUAUACAAACUGUUAUGGAACUUAACAAAGCCUUAAGACCGGGUAGUGACACUAUCAAUAUGUCUAUUUAAAGAAAAGAGAUUUUUUUUGUUCUUGUAGUCAUCUUGUCUGUCAAUGUAUCAGAGGGUUAAAAUAACAAAUUGCUUGAAAUGCCAAUAAUUAAUAUUCUGUUUUUAUGUUGACAUUCUACCAGAUGCUGAGAAAAAAUAAAAGAUCCCAGGCACAAAAGAAGCGCUCGCAACCACUUGACCUGGUCAAUCCUGCUGUCCCAAUGCUCACUGGCCACAACCAAGAUGAGGCAGUCAGUAGUUUUCCAUCUGACCAGCAGACGGCACCAGCCGGGUUAUCUUUGGAAACACAGGAUAGACCCACCUCCUUAUGUUCCCCAGGUACCAAGCAGACAGCACCAGCCAGCUUGUCCUUGGAAACGCAGAAUAGACCCACCUCCUUAUGUCCUCCAGGCAGCAAGAGUUCAGAAACUCGUCCACCAGCAAAACGAGUCUGGGCAACCGAUGAUUUCCACACGGCAUCAAAUUCUCCACCUAAAAAGCCUUUCCACAACACAAAUGAACAACUACUGACAGAGGAGCUACAGAGCAACGCAGUUCAGCACUUCUGGCGUGUCAGUGCAACUCAUUGUCAAAGUGAUGAAAGGUACACAGAAUUCUCUCGAAAUCAUCAGUGCACAUGCAAUGCCCUCACAUUCCUGGCCUACCUUAAUGAGGAACACCAGUUCAACACAGCCCGACUUGAUAAGGUGCUUGAACAGGGAGAUGCACUCUACUGUUGGAUUAAAACAAAUCUUCAGCAGGAGAGGCAUUAUACACAAAAUCAUCUGACCAUAGAGGAACUGCCCAAAAAAGUUCAUGCUGACAUAAACGUCUACAGUGUGAAAAUGGACGACAUAAGGUAUGGAUACCUGAAAGCAGCAGACAAAACUUAUCAAAGAAAAGAGUGGUGGUUGCCUCUUGCUAGUCGCCUUGUAUGUCUGUCAACAGAUGUGAGCUAUGCUUUGCUCAUGGUCUCACCUCAGUGCAUUGCAGUUUUCCGUGACAAAUCUGGGAGGUAUGGAUUAUUUGAUUCACAUUCAAGAAGUGCAGCAGGUUUACCCCAGCCAAAUGGAACAGCAGUCAUGCUCACUUUCACUCAUGUGAAUGACCUGAUCACCUGCAUAACCUUUUUCAAAAUCAAGGCAGGUAUGCAAGAUAUGAGUUUGUGCCUGUUUCUUUCAAAAGAGUCAGCACUCACAACGAACAGCCUGCACAGUCAACUCAAGCAACACCAGGAGCAACAGCUACAUCACCACAAAGUGAUGAACCACAAAUCACAAAUCCCACUGUGCAAGUGCCUCAACCAGAAUCAGCCCAAACCUACAUGACAAUGUUAGAAAGUGCUUUAAACCCGCAACAAGACAAAAUGGCUUCAAAUCAAAUUUGUGAACAUCAACUUGAAACAUCUGUUGAUCCAACAAGCAACAUCCAAACAGAACAACAAGAAAAUCUUGAACUCAAUAAUGAAAGAGAUAAAGUCAUAGAUAACCCCCCCCCCCCAAAAAAGCAAGAAAUGUGUGCAGAUUAAAUAAACAACGACGUGGGAAAGCUAUUCGUCAAGCUCAAAAAAGUCACAAGCAGCAUGUAAAAGCUAAAGAAAAAUCUUCAUCUGAAGACUUGGCAAAGAAGAUAAACAAAAGAAGACACGAAAAGGAACGAUAUGCCUGCUUUCCUGAAUUUCGAAUGAAAAAAUUACAGGCUGUGAAAACUCAAUAUGCUCAAAACUGUCAUCGCCAUAAACAAAAACUGUUAUCAGCCAAAGAUUAUUAUGCAAAUCCUCAUAUUCAAGAGAAGAUAAAAGCCCACAAUGUGAAGAGAUACCAAAAUGAUCCUCAUUUUCAACAAAAAAAGCGAGACUACAUUAUCAGAAGAUAUACCACAGAUGCCAGCUUUCGAACCAGACAGAAACAAUAUGUGUUCCGAAGAUACAACACGGAUGCUGACUUUCAAAGCAGACAGAAGCAAUAUCUGGUCCAAAGGUACAACACGGAUGCUGACUUUCAAAGCAGACAGAAGCAAUAUCUGGACCAAAGGUACAACACGGAUGCUGACUUUCAAAGCAGACAGAAGCAAUAUCUGGUCCAAUGGUACAACACGGAUGCUGACUUUCAAAGCAGACAGAAAAAAUACAUGAGCCAGAAAUACAGAGAGGAUGAUGUCAGAGAAAGGAAGAGGGCAUACAUAAGAACAAAAUAUGCAUCGGAUCAAAAAUACAGGCACAAACAAAAAAAAAUCAAUUCAUGCCAGGUAUCAUAAUGACUCACAAUUCAGACUGCACCAUAUACAGCGCUGUGCAGAGUACCAGAGACACAAAAUGGCUACCACUGCAUCUUUCGCCAUUUAUAAAAAGUUGUGUGCGCAGAGAAUAAAGAAGAAAUACAGACGACUAGUAACACAAUUCCAGCAGGGUCCACAGUCUGAAGCACAGCCCCAGCUUGUAGUGAAUAGUGUGAUGCAAGCAGCCACAUUAGCUUUCCGUGAAACAA